GAGUUGAUUUGAAGUACACGUUUGAGUUGAGGAUGACAUUUCAACUCCAAAUUCAACAAUGUCCUCUUCUUCUUCCUCCUCCUCAACUACGUAACAGUAACAGUAACAGUAACAGUAACAGUAGUAUUCGCUGCACACUUACAAAACAAGGCCAACGAUUUCUCACUAAACUCACCACCACCAACACCAACACCGAUAACCUCAUCAAAAAAUUCGUUCAAUCUUCCCCCAAAUCCGUACUCCUAUCCACUCUCACUCACCUCAUCUCUCCCAACAACAACAACAACCUCUCUUCUCUCGCUCUUCCCCUAUACACAAGAAUCACCGAAUCACCAUGGUACACGUGGAACCCAACCAUCAUCGCCGAUCUCAUCACCCUCCUCCACAAACACCAACUCUACACCGAAUCCCAAACCCUAAUUUCAGAAGCAAUUUCAAAACUCAACAACAGAGAACGUGAACUUGUUCAAUUCUACUCCAAACUCUUGGAAUCACACUCCAAACGCGCUUCUCAAACUGGAUUCGAUUCAGCUUAUUUCUCCCUCAAUAACUUACUUCACACUUCUUCAUCACUUUAUGUUAAACGCAGAGCUUAUGAAUCCAUGGUUAGUGGAUUGUGUGCAAUGGAUAAGCCACGUGAGGCUGAGAAUUUGAUUCAGGAUUUUAAACAUGGUGGUCACAACAAGAUUCAAAUUCAACCUUCUGGUUUUGAAUUUAAGUCUAUUUUGUAUGGAUAUGGAAGAUUAGGGUUGUUUCAUGAUUUACUCAGAGUUGUUGAUCAAAUGGAGAAAAAUGGGUUUGUUAUUGAUACUGUUUGUUACAACAUGGUUCUUUCGAGUUUUGGAAUUCAUGGGGAGUAUGUGGAAAUGGUUUCUUGGCUUAGAAGGAUGAGGAAUUCCGGUGUUCCGUUCUCUAUCAGAACUUAUAAUUCGGUUUCGAAUUCUUGUCCGACGAUUAUGGGGAAGGUGGUGGAGUUGAAUGAUUUCGCAUUGUCGAUUGAUGAGUUGUUAAAUGUGGGGUUGGAAGGUGGGGAAGCUAUGGUGGUUAAGGAGUUGCUUUCGUGUUCUGCGAUUUUCGAUGAGGUAAUGGUGUGGGAUUCUAAAGAGGUUAAGUUGGAUUUGCAUGGAUUUCAUUUGGGUUCAGCUUAUUUGGUUAUGUUACUUUGGUUGGAGGAGAUACAAAAGAGGUUGUUGAAUGCUUCUAAUUAUGAGAUUCCUGCUGAAAUCACUGUGGUUUGUGGGGUAGGAAAGCAUAGCAAUGUGAGGGGAGAAUCGCCGGUUAAAGUAUUGGUUAAAGAGAUGAUGACGAAGAUGAAAGGUCCACUAAGGAUCGAUAGGAAGAACAACGGCUGCUUUAUCGCUAAAGGUAAAACUGUUAAAAUUUGGUUAUGUGAAUUGAGGAAGCCACAAUUUCAUUGAAUUGAAUGAAUGGAUAUCAAAACAAUUUUGCUAUUACAUAUGAUGAUGAUGAUGAUGAUGAUGAUAAACUUGAACUCAAAUGGUACGAGUAGGGCCAAGAUAGUUUCAAAUGCACUUGCAAUGUUACUGGUAUUUAUUGACUUAAAUUACUGUGCUGUUGUUCUUUAACAUGUAGUAUAUCAAACAUUGCUUAUACAAGGAAAUGUCAAAUAAGUAAGAACAUUAGUUAAUUUAAUUCUUUUAAUGUGAUGUGAUGAGAUGAUAACAAUAGUUAUCACCUGUAUCCAUUCAUAUUUAACUAUUAUGUCACUGUGUACUCAAUAAGAACUUUUGUUUUGACAGUUAGGUUAUUGAAAUUUAUUGUCUACAUUGAGUUGUUAA